AUGCGAACUUACUUCCGAACACAUGGGGCGCCUCCCGUCUCUUUAUUUCCUCCUCUUUCCCCAUUCACCUUUCCGUUUCCUCGUUCUCAUUCAUUUCAUCGUAUCCUCUUCGACUUCCCCCCCCUGCCCAAUGCACCCUCCACCUCUUCUCGCCCCCGUCCCCCACCGCAUUGCACCCCUCCCAGCUGGAUGCGAACCCACUUUCAGCCGCGGCGCUACACGGGUCUCAGCUGCAAGAGCAUCGAUACGCAUUACAACUGCGAGAAGAACGGGCGCCCCAACCUCAAAUACCUCGAUUAUGAGUGGCGCAUUCCCGGCUGUAGCCUCAAGCGCUUCGCCCCCUCGGCCUUCCUCGCGCGCAACAAGGUCUGCAUGAUCGUGGGGGACUCGCACGCCCUCCUUCCCCCCACUCCCCAUUUCCUCCAACCAGCUUCCUCGCCUCAUCAUCCCUCGUCCCUCAUCCCACUUUCCCCCCACCAGCUUCGACAAGUCGCCCUUCCUCGCUCUGAUGCGCAACAAGGUGUUCAUGAUCGUCGGGGACUCGUACGCCCUCUUUCCGCCCACUCCCCCCUUUCUGAUGCGCAACACCACCCAUUCCUCACCAGCUUCGACCCUGCGGCCUUCCUCGCGCUGAUGCGAAACAAGGUGUUUAUGAUCGUCGGGGACUCGUACGCGCUCAACCUGCACGCGUCCUUCCGAUGCCUCAUCGAGUCCGUCGCGGUCACUCAGAGCCUCGAGGGGAAUCUCUUCAACACGGGCGUGCCCUCAAACGGCUUCAGAGUGCCGUCCCACAAUGCCACCACCAUCCGCACGGUUUCCUUCACCCCACUCACUCCCUUCAUCCUACCUGGCCCCACAUUGUCUGCUGCACUGCAGAACUUGAAUGGGAGCCUAUUCAAACCUGGGGUGCCUGCGAGGCAAUUCAGAGUGCCGUCCCACAAAGCCACCAUCAUCCGCAACUUCAAUGGGACUCUGUUCAAGACGGGCGUGCCGGCAAGGGGCUUCAGAGUGCCGUCGCACAAUGCCACCAUCAUCCGCAUUGCUUCCGCCUUCCUCCUGUACGGCGAACCUGACUGUGAGGAGCAUGUGGACGGACAGGGAGAAAGGAGUGUGAAGAGCACGUGGACGGUAUGGCUGGAUCGGGUCAACCCCGAAUGGGCGGAUCUGCUGCCAUUCACCGACUAUGUGGCACGGGAGGAGAAGCGCCACUAUUACUUGAGCAACAGCACCACGCAGCUCGCUUGGAACCCUGACCAGCUCAUCACCAUGCAAACCGCUCUAACCACCCUCAUCACCCAUUUCAACCGCCUUAAAUACCGCGGCCUCCCCAUGUUCCUCUCCUUCACCUCCUCCCACUACGGAUUCGAGCUCGCGGGCACGGAGGCGGCUAGAGGGGCACAGUAUAAUUGCACGGACGCGUGGCGGCCAAUCGGAUGGCGCCAGGUGUCGCAGAGGGAAUGGGCAGUUGAAGACAUGCGGACGCGGAAUGCGCAAGUGCAGGUGGGAAAAUGGGCCGGAGGUGAUGCUUUUCUGGUGAAGGGAAUGUAG